GCUGUUUCCCUGCAGCUCUGCGUUCGAUGUCGCUGCCUUACAGAACAAACUAAUCGAGCUCAGCAUUAUUAAUUAAUGUUUGAAAAAACAGCGGCAAUUUUCGAGUUUUCAGGUCAUGCAGCAAGAAGUUUCUAUUUACGUUGCGAUAAUAACAUAGGGAGAUGAUUUGCAUGAAACGACGGAUAUGGCUACAAGAAAACUAGCAAAGAGAUUAGGAUUACUGAGGCAGAGAAGUCAGUCCACCUCUGGUUUGAAGAAAUCAGUGAUAUCAAAUCAGAUAUUUUCAUACUUGAUUGUGAUCGACUUUGAGUCUACUUGUUGGAGAGAGAAAAAUAACUACGGACAAGAAAUCAUUGAAUUCCCUGCUGUCCUACUGAACACAUCAUCAGGGGAGGUCGAGUCUGAGUUUCAUAUGUACGUUCAACCUCAGGAGCAUCCUGUUCUCUCCGAGUUCUGCACUGAGCUUACUGGAAUCACACAGGUGCAAGUAGAAGCCGGCGUCCCCCUUCAGAUUUGCCUAUCUCGGUUCAACCGCUGGGUGCAGAACCUGCAACUGGACAAGGGAGUGAUGUUUCCCAACAAGCAGCAGACGUGUUCUGCCUCUGACGUGUCCCAGAAACUGUGCACUUUCCUCACCUGGUCAGACUGGGAUCUUGGCGUUUGUUUGCAGUAUGAGUGCAAACGCAAACAGCUUCAUAAACCAGAUGUUCUCAGCAGCUGGAUAGACCUGAGAAGCACAUACAGGCUCUUUUACAGCCGGAAACCCAAAGGCCUGAACGGAGCACUUCAAGAUUUGGGGAUACAGUUUUCUGGGAGAGAACAUUCAGGGUUAGAUGAUGCUCGAAAUACAGCUCAGCUGGCCGUCAGAAUGAUGAGAGAUGGAUGUGUGCUGAAGACCACCCGGAGCCUGGAGAGGACUCCAUCAAUGGUCAAAUCCUUUUUCAAUAAAAACGUCCCUCCUUCAGAAAAAAUACAAGAAAAGCAGAAUGAUGCCAGGAAAAAAGCAAAUUUCCUCAACAGCAGCAAGAACUCAUCAUCCAAUAUUUCAUUAAAAGCUUGUCAGAAACAUCCUCAGAGUUCAAGCUCAGGUCAAACGUGUCACAGCCUAAUAUCACCAAAGACACUGUUGAAUGUAACAACAGCACCUCUAAAGGGACAAACCGACAAAUUGGUGACGGCACAUGUUGUUCCCCAUCUUCUUUUGUCCACAGUUCCGUCAAACUGUAGCUCACCACGCGGUGACAGAAGCAGCAGCCAUGUUCUGUUCUCUACCACUGUUGGCUGCAUUUCCUCUCUACCUCACGCCGUCAAAACAUCUGCUGUGGACGAAGAGGAGCGAGACGUUCUGGUGGAAACGGAUGAGCGGUGCGGUUCUUACGAUGAUGUGGUGUUGGUAUCCGAUCAGACUGAAACAGAUACAGUCUCAGGUGGAGAGGUUGGCUAUGUUUCAGAUUACAACGGCAGAUGUCAGGAGUGGGACGGAAUGGAUCAUUCACAACACAAGAGAACAGAAACCCCAAACAUACUGAAUAAUACUCGAGAUUCAUCUAUGGCAUGGAAAUCUGUAAAUUCAAAUGUUGAAGUCUUUAAUCAGGCAAGUAAAGAACCACACCAAUCAACAAGCAGACAGUCAGAUAAAUGUUUUGCAGUGCCGAAAGUUGUUGAUUGGAGCAAACUGAAUGGACAUUUAAGGUUAGAUAUAUGUCAUAAAAAUAAUCAAAACAACGAGGUCUCUCCAGUUCUACCCAACCGCUUUCUGCCUGAAAACACUUCCACUCCAAAUCCAUCCACGACGAGACCAACCACUGCAAAACACAGAGAACCUCUGAAAUCCUCAUUUACUGUUUAUACUGAUCCAAAAACUCCUCAUCCUUCCACCUCUGGCUCUCUGCACCCACCCAGAAGCAUCCUGUCCUCUUUGUCAACAAACAUACUAUCCUCCUGUGCCAAACGGCUCAGUGGGGCUCUAACAGCAAAGGGGUCAAAGGUCACCUCCCCUCUGUGCGCCUGUGGUCGCCGUGCGAGGCGGCAGGUUGUGUCAAACGGCGGUCCGAAUCACGGCCGGGGGUUCUACUGCUGUCCGGUUCGCCGCUCUGGGGGCAAAGAGAGAGGCUGUGGGUUCUUUAAAUGGGAGUCUGCGCUCAUGAAGAGCAGCUCAGUGGCUCCCCCUGCUGCUGGGUCUUCUGUAUCACUCUGUCAGGUCAACUCUACACUUCCGUACAGGCGGCCGCAGAGAAAAAGUUGCUGAACGGGCGGAGAAGCAGCUGUG